AUUAACUAAUAAUUUUCAGAUAACAACACAAUAUAUAUGAAUUAUUUUUUUAUUUAAAAUAUAUAUUUAGAUUUUGGAUAAUUCUUAUUAUUAUUAAUUUUAACCACUUAUUUAAUCAAAAUAAUUUAAAUUCAUUUUUAUUUUGUAGGUAAUUUAUAUAUUUUAUACAUUAAGGAUAUAAACAAUUUUAAUCCUUCUAACUUUUAACCUGAGCUCGGAUGCAAAAAAAAAUUUUAAAAGUCUUUGAUUUUAAUUUUUACUGGAAAUCUGAAUCAAAUCAAAUUAAAAUAUUUUGUUUCAUAUAUAUUUCAAGAGAAAGAAGGUGUCACCGGAGGGUUUUCCACUUUCUAGGUAUUUACCUAUUCUAUGUAUCUCUUCUGAUUCCAAGUACAAGUACUUGUUCGAUUUCAAAGAAGUCAUAUUGUGAACAAUAAUCUGAAGCUUUUAGCUGUCGAUGAGUUUGGUUUUGUUUUCUCUUUAAUCUUUGUGGUUUGUGUACCACGCUAGGGUUUACUUCGACUUUUUUUUCCAACCUUGUGUUGUUUCUUAUGGAUUAUUUGAAAGUUUCAUGAGAAACACACAUACUUUACGAUUUAACAUUCCUUGUGUUGUAUUUUCAAUGUUUUUAGGUUUUUCGUGUCUGGUUUGGGACUUCUCUCGCUUUGACAGCUAAAUCAUGGAUUUGAUAAGUCAAUUGCCUGAAGAUCUUCUCUUGAGAAUACUGUCAGAACUGCCUACUGCUAAUGAUGUUGUGGCCACUAUGGUUUUGUCAAAACGUUGGCAGCCUCUUUGGAAGUCAGUGCCAAAACUUGUGUUCGACGACGACGACGACGAUAGCUAUCAAAAUAUCGAUACUAGAAGGUUUUCGCGCUUUGUUGACUAUUUUUUGAUUCUGCACGAGGCACCGAUAGAAACUUUGCAGUUCGAACUUACUCAAACUUUUGAUGUCCUUGAUAUUGUAUUAUGGAUUACAAUUGCUGUUCAACGCCGUGUGCGUUACCUGAAAAUCAAUAUCGACUGUGAUUCCAGUACAACUCCUGUUAUACUCCCAAGGAGUUUAUACAAAUGCUGUGGAAUGCUUGUGACUUUGAAUUUAACGAGUGUGACUCUUACGGAUGCUUCUACCUUGCCUUCUUUCUCAACCCUCAAAACUUUGAGGCUUUUAUCUGUGAAGUACCCCGGUGAUGAGUUUGUCAGGAGGCUUUUAUCCAGUUGUCAUGUUCUUGAAGAUUUGGAAGUGGAACAAUGUAACGAUGACAAUGUUACGAUUUUCACAGUUAAGGUUCCUUCCCUCAGGACUGCAUCUUUGUAUAAAGCAUCAGACAGAUGUACAGAAGAUGAAGAUGGAUUUGUGAUAGAUGCUCCUUCUUUGGGGCUAUUGAACCUUUAUGAUUAUAGUGGCAGUUUUUGUAUCGUUGAGAAAGAUAUGCCUAAUAUUAUAGACGCAGAUGUUUUCGUUAAUCAUUACCCUUCAACUGAAAUUCUGAGUUCUAUUACUUCAGUGAAGCGUCUCGAUUUAUGCUUAUCAUACUCAAAGGUAUUCAUUAUUCCAUCAUCAGAAAGAGUCUUCCUGUGAGAAAACAUGUUGCCAUUAAUAUUGCAUGUUUUUUAUUCUGUUUUCUUAUUGCAGGAUGCAUAUUCUGAUGGUAGUGUCUUCCACCGUCUUGUGCAUUUAAAGAUAUGCACAUGUGCGACAGAAUGGUUGAAUCUACUUAUGUGUGUACUCAGAGAUUCCCCUAAGUUAAGGGCCAUCAAACUCCGACAGGUACUUAUAUUUCAUCUCAAAUAAUUCAUUUUUCUCUUGAUUGUAACGCACUGCAUCUGUCCCGUCAUUUGAUACCAGUGUCAUGACAUACGUGAUGAUCAACCGCGCCCCUGCUGGAAUGAACCGAAAUCAGUUCCUGAAUGUUUGAUAUCGAGUCUUGAAACUCUUAAAUGGGUAAACUAUCAAGGAACAGAAGAAGAAAAAGAAGUAGCAGCAUUCAUAUUAAGGAAUGGAAGAUGUUUGAAGAAGGUGGCUAUCUCCUCGGAAGCCACUGACUCCGACAAGAAACUUGAGAUGCUCAAGGAGUUAUCUUUGUUCUCUAGGCGUUCACCCAACUGCCAUCUAGCAUUCGACUGAAGCUAUACAUCUUGUUGGUUUUCGAUCUGAAUCUCAUCAGAUAUGCUUUUUACAGUUUUUGCUGUUUUUCUUUUCCCUUUCUUUUCCUAAUUAAUUGAGGGUUAUGAAUUUCUUAUGUUUCCUCUUUAUUCUCUGCCUAGAAGAAAAAUACAUAAGAGCAUCAUCAUCCCUAGUAGUCAAGAAGAAUAUCUGCGUACGUUUUUUUUUUUGGCAAUGACUGUCGGGUCCAAAGAUGUUAUUUAGCAAUUUAAACAUACACUAGACGUUGACUCGCUCGACCCCUGAUGUUUGUAAGAAUUUUAAAAUUUAAAUUUCUGGUCAGAAUAUUUUGAAAUGAAGAUCAAACCAAAGCUAAAAUGAAGAUGUAUGUUUUUUGGUUGUCAAACAUAAAAAAAAUCUGAUAAAACGCUUGGAAGUUAACAUAAUUUUGCCCAAUUUUAAAGGGCUAACAUAUUUUUCUAAGAACGUAAAUAUUUAGUCACAAAUUGUAACUGCAAGAAUAUAUAAUUUUACUGUUCUUUGCUGACACGAGGCUCCAGUUUUAGAAUGUUUGCGUUUAAAACCUGAUCGGGAGUCUGGUACUGCUGUAGAUAUUGGGGUAUGGGUUAAAACGCUCUGUGCAUGAGUUAGAUAUCGACAUUAAUAGCCCUUGCAUUUUGACUCCGGUCAUUACUUCCAUGGAGCUGGUAUGCCGGAGGAUGUAGGAUGCUUGUGACGUUGAAACUAAGUAACAUGACUCUUGUCUUCCUUGCCAGCUUCUUUCCCAUCUUUUAAAAACUUGAGCCUUGUAAAGAUGAAGUACCCGAGUGAGGAAUUUAUCAACAAGCUUUUAGCUAAUUGUCCUGUUCUUGAGGACUUGGCAACAUGUUUUCUCAAGAAAGUAAAAUUUUGUCAUUAGUGUUUUUUCAAAUAUCUCCCUUAGAAAAAUCUAAGAAAGUAAAAUUUUGUUAUUAGUGUUUUCUUCAACGAUUUUCCUAGUUUUAACAAUAAAGUAUAUAAUUAUUAUAUACAUUGUACUAUUUAUAAUUAUAUCAAGGUAAUAAAUAUAUGUUUUAAUACAAUAAAAUAAGUCACCAACAGAUGUUUUGCAGGAAAAAUAGAUUUUUUCUUUUUUCUUAUUGUAGAAAGAAUCAAGUAACUAAUAUAAAUAUUUUACCUUAGUAAUUAUACUAUGUAAAUGAUAAUAUACCAAAAUAUACUUUACUAUUACACAUGUUAGGGCCGAUUGAAUAAUAAAAUAUCUAUAUAUAUCACUAAUACUGUAUAUGUAAAAAUAUUUAACUGAAACACUAUAGAAUAUGUAAAUUUUGGAUUCAAAAGUUGAUAAUAUAAUAGAAAAUGUUCAAUAAAUGUGAAUAAAAUAAAAGGAAGAAAACCACAGCAUUUUAAAGUCACACACUCUUAAUUACAAUCACCCACGAAAAUUAUAUAUAACCUUCCUUUCUCUCCGUCUACAUCGCAUUGCAAGGUUGUAACACUUUCAGUUUUUAUCAGUAUGGAGAAUCAAAACCAUCAAAUUACAUAGAUACAAACCCAUGUAAUCCCUAUAUAUUAAUUGAGGAUUUUUUAACCUAAAUUUUGUAAAAAUUAAAAAAAAAACCCUAUCCUAUGUGGUACUUGUGUAUGCUUUCUAAAACAUAUUUCAAAGAAUUCUAGAGCACCUUAUAUAAAUUAUAGUCUAAAAAUUAUACCUCUAGCAAAAUAAUAUUUCGCAGGCUAUAGUUAGUCGCAUAUAUCAAAUCUUUAUUGUUUCGCAUGUUUUCCUUAAAUAAAACCUAUUGAAUUACAUAUUGUGAUUAAAAUAUAUAUAUUUAGCAAUUAAUGAUUUUAAACAAUAAAGAUUUGAUAACAAUCUGUAUACUUUUUAUCAUUUUUGUUUGUUUCUUUAUUAUUAAAAUAAAUUACAUAAUUACAUCAAUCAUAAAAUAAAAAUCUAGAUUGUGUUUUGUAUAUGUAGUAUUUUGAAUUUUUCAAAACGAGUAUAAAUUACUAACACUGUUAAAAGUCGUCUCACAUAAACUUUUAUGAUCACGGUUUAAAUUAUUUCUAUAUUAAGAUACAAUGAUUAUAAGAUCAUAUGAAGAAAUAAUUUUAUUUUAAUAGGUUUUUUUGUUAAUAUAUAUAUAUAUAUAUAUAUUUCAUAUCGUUUAAAUUAAACUAUACAUCAUAUGAAAAUGUAUACUUAUAUUUUGAUAUUUGCAUUGAACAUAUAUUGAAAAGUUAAUAUUUCAAUUUUGAAAUCUUCAUUGUUUUUUUUAAAUGAUUACAAAUUAUUGACAUUAUCCCACAUUAAAAAUAAUCGUUGGUGUAAACUUUUGUUACACAAAUAUACAAAUAUAUAAAAUCAUAUGAGUAGAAACUUCAUUUAAUAAAUAUCCAUAUUAAAAAAUUACUAUAUAUAUGUUAAUAUCAUUUAAAUAUAAUUAUAUAUCAUAUACAAUAGAUAAGAUUGUUUUUUUUUAUUUAUUUACCCUAAAAUGAUUGCAAAUAAAUAAGAGUGAUAGUUUGAUUUAUAUGUCCACGCUAAUUUAUUACAUAAUAGUAACUGAUUUAUUAGUUAUUUAAUAUAAAUACUUAUUAUUUUAUUAAUUCAUAAUAUGCAGAAAACAUAAAAAUAAUAAAUAUAAAAUAUUUAUUCUGCAAAAGGUGCAGAAGUUAACCUAAGUAUGUAUCUCUUUAAUUAUUUUAAAUCAUAAGCAUUUUCUAAAUCUCAGGUCAAAACAGACAAACAAAAUGAGAAUAAACUUCGAAAUUAAUAUUUAUAUCGAACAAUAACCAAAAUAAAAAAAAUAUUGAAGAUAUAUAGGAUUGAGAUGUGAACGUAAACUUCUCAUAACCAUAAUUAAUUUUUAAAUUACUAAAUCAUGAUAUAAAACCGAGCUGACAUAGUUUCAUUGUAAUCAUAUAGAUCCGAGAUUUUUUGACCUAAACGUUAGGCUCUUAUGCGGUAAAUGAUUUUUUGACCUAAAAUUUUAUUAAAAAUGGGAUCAGCUCAUCACUAAACAGAUUAUGCAAUUAACAAAAAAUUAAAAAAAAAUUGUUUAAAGACCAAAAUAUUAAUUCAAUCAAGAAUAUAAAUGUAUAUUUCCAUAUAAUAUUUUUAAAAUAAUUUUUAUAUAAAUUUAUCAUGCGCAAGAAUGUCUUAUCCUAGUUGAUUAAUAAAACUUAACAAUAUGAUUUUUCAAUCAUAUUUUAUAUCAUGAUUUACAAAAAUCAAAACAAUACGAUUAAACCAGUAGCAUGUAUUUGGUUCAAAAUCAAAACUUAUCAUUUAUUAAUUUCUGAAAAUAAUUGACCUUCCAUAAUUUAUUCCUAUAUUUUAGCAAAUCAUCAAAACCCAUUUGAUACCAAAUCAAAAACUUUACUAGCACAAGAUUUGUUUUGGUUUUUAAUCUUGCAAUUCACGCUUAAAAUCAUGUCAUUUAAAGUGUAUACUAGAAUUAGACCUGCACACUCGUGUGGGUGUUUGAUUCAAGUUUUAUAUAAAUUGAUAAUUGUUUUGUAUAAAUGGUAGUAUAUAUAUUUUAAAAUUUUGUUUGUAUUAAAUCAUUGUUUUAAAUGGCAUUUCUAAACAUAAUAAUAGUUUAUAUUAAGUAAUUUUAUUUUUCUCUUAAAUUGUCAACUAUAUCUCACAUAUUUUUUUGUCAUAUGUAUUCCAUUAUUAAAACUGAAUUACAAAUAGAACUAACCAUAUUUUCAACAGAUUUAUUAUAUCUUUUAUUUAUUUAGUUUCAUUCAUCUUGAUUAUUUUAUUAAUUACUAUUUUCCAAAUAAUCUGACAGGAUUUAUUACAUAAUUACAAAACAGAUCUUAACUAUUUUAAUUAUUUUAUUAUAUAUUUUACUUUCUUUUCUCACACUUCUUAACUACUUCAUUUAUUUUACGUGUUAAACUAUAAUAAUUCUAAAUGUUUGGAUAAAUAAAUUUUUAUAUGUUUACAUAAUCAAUUAGGUAUUUUAAUUUUUUGGGUUUUAAAAUUAUAUUCCGCUCGGAUAUUAUAAAUUUUUGGGUGGAGUUAAAAUUGGGUUUUUCUAGGUCCGGGUGGAUUCAAUUCUGAUGUGUAAGAAUCUAAAACUAAACAAAACAAAACUUAUGUAUUUAAAAGUGCUAUUAAACCAUUUAUAAAAAAAUAAAAUAAGAAACAACACCCGCACGUCAAGCUCUAGUAAACUUUAGAGCUUCAACCCCUUUUUCAUUUGAUUUGAUAUAGUGAAUUGAGAAAAAUCUAAGAAAACAAAAUUUUGUUAUUAUUUUUUCAACAAUUUUAUUUUUCACAAUAAAGUAUAUAAUUAUUACAUAAAUUGUAAUAUUUAUAACUAUAUCAAGGUAAUAAAUAUGUUUUAAUACAAUAAAAUAAGUUACCAACAGAUAUGUCUAACAAAAAAAAUGGAUUUCUUUCUAUAUUUUCUCGGAUAUUGUAGAAAGAAUCAAGUAUAUAAUAUAUAGUUUUUACCUUAGUAAUUAUACUAUGUAAAUGAUAAUAUACCAAAAUAUUAUUUACUAUUACACAUGUUAGGGACAAUUGAAUAAGAAAAUAUCCAUAUCAUUAAUAUCUGUCAUAAUAUUAACUGAAAUACUAUAGAACAAUAUAAAAUUUUGUUUAAUAGCUGGUACUAAAAUAUAAAUGUUCAAUAAAUGUGAAUAAAAGAUAUGGAAGAAAAUCACAUCAUUUUAAA